UUCCAUCUCUUUUUCCUCUUCCCUCACUUCUCCCUCCUCUCUCCCCUCUCCCCUCCCCUCCCUUUCUGCGCACACUUCCUCUCCCCCUUCCUUCUACGCGGUUUCUUUUUUCUUUUCUCUUCAUUUUCAAAAUCUUUUUCAAUUCACCAUCAAUUAUCAACUCACAAAAAUUAUGGGAGUCUCUUCCUUCCCACAUAAUCCAAUCACUUGUCUCAAAACUUUGAAUCUUGAGGUAGUAAUUAAUUUCAGUUUUUUUGCUUUUAGGAUUAUAAUUUUACCCUCUUUUCAGAUUCUUAUGUAUCUUCUAAUUUUGAAACUUGAAAGCAAAGAUUUUAGUAUGAUGUUGAAGGAUUGAUUAUUUUGUUCCAAUGUUAUGGGUUGGUGAUGUUAAGUUUUGAAAUAUUUUAGGGGGUAAUUUUCUGCCAGAAUAUAUAUACCUAGAAUUUUAGGGGGUAAUUUUCUGCCAACUAUUUCCUCCGUGACUUAGUUGGCAUCUUGAUUAAAAUGUUCUGCGACUUCUCUCCCUGAUUUCCUCCGUGCUUCUCUUUAUUCUUCUUCUUCUUUUGUUUCUUCUUGCACCAACACAAACAAAGUGACAGUGGAUUUUCGUAGCUCAAACCAGAAGCUCCCAUCAACCACCCAUAAUAUUGAGAAUGCUUUUUCACUUCUUCUGGAGGCUUAAGGAGCUAUGUGCACCCCUAAAUGAGCUGAAAGUUGUGCCGCAGGUGGAUAGGUCGGGUGAGAUGUAUUGUGACACCUUCAAAGUUGACUCAGAGUCCUAGAAAGAGAGUACCAUCAUUUUUAGAGUUGGGAGUACUAGUGCAUCCCCCAAAAUUCUCCUUUCAUUUCUCCAUUUCUCCAAUUGUCCUAAACUGAAACUGAGUUUUGUGCUGAAUUGUAGCAAGACGCUUCAUGUGAAAGCCAUUUCCGACCUUUAAUACUUUUUAUACUUGAAAGUUAGUUUCCAUCAAUAUGUAUUUGGUAAUUUGAUGCGUGUUUUCUCGCACUUAAAAUAGAUCGUAGUAUAGGGUGUAAGUACGAGUAUCGUCUCCACAGGGACGGACAAAAGGGUAUUAAGAAUUAAUUAAAUUCAGCGAUUAAAAAUAAAUAAAUAAAAAUGCGUCGUGC